AUGAAAUACCAUACACGCGUUUGUACACUACGCACCCUCCUGGUGGCGUCGAACAUCCUCUGCACUUCCUCUGCCUUCCAAAUCGUGCCCCCUCCAACUCUUUUCCGGAGAGACGGUUCCUCAUGCUCGGCGGUCGAUCCCAAGCUACCCAACGACUUCUCGUGCGCCUUAGGGAACAACUGUAUUUCUCUCGACAACUCGUCGUCGGCCCUCUGCUGCCCAGAGUCGAGUUCAUGCGACAACAUCCAGACAAUAUCCUGCGAUGUAUCCUCACAAAAUGCGACUGCGAAUCCAACGGCAGGAAUAUUCACAACGAAAUUGGGGGACAAGUUGCCACAGUGCGGAGACAGCUGCUGUCCGUUCGGAUACUCCUGCAUCCAACAACCUUCGGGACCCUCGAUUUGCAGCAUCAUCCUGAGCACGAGCAUCGUGGGAAAGACGGACCCGUCUCCCGGCACGACGCCUAGGUCUUCGUUGGCAAGCCCGUCAGCCACCAAUUCGGCGACUUCAACUGCCUCAACGACCAAGUCGACUUCUACUUCAAGCCCGAGUAGUGCUGGUGUGUCGGCAGCCCAGGUCGAACCCCAGUGCAACAAAUUUCCCACUGGGGUUUUCCUUGCCGGGUUCUUUCCUGGCAUGUUUGUGGGCGCCUUCUUGAUGCUGGCCUGGGUCAUCUGCAGCGGACGACACCGCAAACCCAAUUCUCGAAACUCUUCUGGCUCGUCGAUCUACAAACCGACCAUCUCAGACCCCAUCCCGUUAGAUGCCUCUGGCGGCCUCAGGACGGACUUUCUCCGCAAAACCACCGGUCGAGCAAAGUCGAUGUUUUCCACGAAGAGCAACCGGAACAGCCAACAAUCCGCUCCCAGUCAUUGGAAAAUGCCCACACCACCAGUACCCAACAAUAUCCCGGUCGUCCCUGCAGGUUUACCUGUCACGCCAGAGCGGAGGCUUGCACAUGAACCCAGCAUGGAAAGCAUCAAAGUCUACACGCCACCGACUGGCCCCGUCCCACACCCCAAUCCCGCGGCGAUUGCUCCAUUGCGAGGCAUGGCGGCGCAACGGUUCCCGCUGACCAACAAAAACAACAUGGGCAGCCCGUUCCAAUCCCCUCCCAACAACACCAGCAACGGCCUUAACACGCCAAAUCGCAUGAGCAGUACUCUCAGGGAUGAGCGGGGUGUCAGCGUCUUCUCCGGCGAGUCUGAGCUCUCGGCCGAGCAGGAUGGCCCAACCCUGACGCCGGCACGAUACAAUGGCGGCUUCAACUCCACACAACGCAUGCGGUCGGAGAGUCGAGAUGAAAUCAGCCGUCCAAACACCACUUUUACCGAGAUGUUGCAUGAAGCUGGAUUCCCUGAUCCCAUGCUACCACCAGACCAACAUACGCCGGCCGUGCCGAAGAUCCCAGAGGGUUACGGAGGGAGGAAUUAUCGGGUAUAA